AUUCAUGACGUCAAAAAAGCCAUGAGAUGAGGUUCGCCUUUUUGUUUGUAAUCAAGGUCCUUUGCUUCUGCUGGGUUUGGGCCAGUGAUAACGAAUACAACGACUAUGAUGUAAAUCUCUCAAAUGAAAUAAGAUUGGAGGAGAAAAGAAACUUCAAUUCCGGAAAUCCUGAUGAAUCAGAAAAUGAAGAUGACGAAGAAGGACCCUUUACCAAUUUGUUGUCCGAGCUUGAGACCGACAUUGGAGAACAAUCUGACUUAAAGAAGAGGAAUAAUGGCGCCGGUUCCGGACUAUCAGCUCAGCAAAAGACAGCUGUAAUUCAAAGUCCGACUCAAGCCAAUGCCACAGUCAACGGAAAGCCAGCUACACAAAAUAUCACAGCCAAUGUUACGUCUAAUUCAAGCAACAACCCGGUGGACAACAAAACAGAAAAAUACAGUGAUAUCGAAAAGAAACAGAAAGAAGAUAGUCAUAAAAGCAAGCAAAAUCUCAAAAAGCAGAAAAAGGUUGAUGCAGUCCACAAAAAAAGCCAGAAAAAAUAUAAUGAACCUCGCAAAAUAGAGCACGCGACAGACGCUGUUAAUAGACAACAAGAAGAAAAGAAAUCGAAUAAAAAGAACAUUAAAGAAAAAAAGAAAAAGAAAAAUCGGUACCAAUCGGACAAAAACAAAAAUGUAGAUCAAGUCUCCUGUAGUAAGGCUAAGAAGUACCCCACAUGUAUGCAGAUAUACCGUGGUUGUAUGCGCGAAAAAAGCCGUUGUAAUCAGGUAAAUUCAAAAAAGAAAAACGAUCGUAUUCAUCAAGAGAAAAAUUCAAAUGAAAAAAGCACGGUAAAAGAUAUUAAGCGCUUGAAGACAAAAAGUGAUAGAAACAGUGGAAAGAAAGAAACUCACAGGAACCAUCGAACCAAUGCUCAACACACCCAGUACAGAGGUAAGAUUGUGAAAGGAAACCAUAAAGUGUCUGAUAAUUCUGAUUCAUCCAAACUGUGGACAAAUGGUGCGAAAGACAGAAAACGUCCAAUCAGCAAACACCAUGGAGGCAAAAAAGUGUCACCGAAGAAACCAACCGCAGAAAAAAGGAAGAAGGUAGAUGAUGAGAUACGUGGAAUGUUGAGAUACCUUGGGAGAGUUAAGGGACAUUUGUCUGAUAUCAAGCAAAACAGUGGAAAAAGAGGACACUGAAAAACAAAGAAACAGAAGCGAGAUUCCAUGUGAUUAUCCUUUGCGACCUAGUCUCCUGCUAUGUUUUAUAAUGAAGAUUAAAAACUGAAAUGUCAACUUGUCAAGAGUUAGAUGAAGACAAUACUCCGAUACAACGUUAAUUCCUUCUCGACCUUCUGUACAAUUAGGAUUCCACUAACUCAUUCAGCACUGCUUAUAUUCGGCUGCAGUUGAUACAAUAUACAUGUAUACAUUUACAAAAUGUGGUAUCAUAAAA